ACAGUGAAGACUGACUCUUUUGGGUUUUGAUUCUGAAGUCUGAACAACACACACCCAAGUCUCGGACAGUGCACAACAAACCUGCUCGAGCUCAGGUGAGCUGUAGAUUCGAGGCGCACAGUCUCAACCCUAUUUCAUAACUCACUCUUCAAGUCCGCUUACAAGUUCCAAAUUCCAAUUCCAUCCCACCGCACGAACCUCGCUAUUCUGGCCAAAAAGCUCGAGCCUUUCUGUCCGUUACAUCUGCCAUCUCUCUCUCUCUCUCUCUCUCUCUCUCUCUCUCUCUCUCUCUCUCAGUUUCAAAUUGGUCUGGGAGAAAGAACCGAAGCAAGCAAAUAAAACGUUACUGUCAGAACCCAUGAAAGAAGGCUAAACGAAAGGGUGUAGAGAAAGUGAAGGACUGAAGGCGUGUGUGGAGGAGAGGACUGGGGGGCGGGGGAGCAAUGGCGUGGAUUCCUGGCUUUGUCUCCGCGGUUCGUCUCUUGUUACUGCUUAUUCUCCAUUUCUUUGCAGUGCUAUGCAGGGGAAGCACAAUUGGAGUCUGCUAUGGGAGAAAUGCUGAUGACCUUCCCACCCCUGAUAAAGUAGCCCAACUUGUUCGACUGCACAAUAUCAAAUAUUCAAGGAUCUAUGAUUCCAAUAUUCAGGUUCUCAAGGCCUUUGCCAAUACUGGAGUAGAGCUCAUGAUUGGAGUACCAAAUUCUGACCUACUGCCAUUCUCCCAGUUUCAAUCCAAUGUGGAUACUUGGUUGAAGAACAGCAUCCUGCCUUACUACCCUGCCACAAAGAUUACAUACAUAACCGUUGGAGCUGAAGUCACAGAAAGCUCUACCAAUGUAUCUGCCCUUGUUGUACCUGCCAUGUACAACGUCCUUGCAGCUCUGAGAAAAACUGGUCUGCAUAAGAAGAUCAAAGUGUCCAGUACUCAUUCACUUGGGGUCUUAUCUCGUUCGUUCCCUCCAUCAGCUGGGGCUUUUAAUAGCAGCCAUGCUUCCUUCUUGAAACCCAUGUUGGACUUUCUUGCAGAGAACAGGUCCCCAUUCAUGGUUGAUAUUUAUCCUUACUAUGCUUAUAGGGACUCCCCAAAUGUUUCUCUGGACUAUGCUCUGUUUGAGUCUUCAUCAGAAGUUAUUGAUCCAAACACUGGGUUGAUUUAUACAAACAUGUUAGAUGCCCAGAUAGAUGCCAUCUAUUUCUCACUAAUGGCUCUAAAUUUCAGAACAAUAAAAGUCAUGAUUACUGAGACAGGGUGGCCUUCAAAAGGAUCAACCAAGGAGAAAGCUGCAACUCCUGAUAAUGCCCAGAAAUAUAACAAUAAUCUUAUCCGCCAUGUUAUCAAUAAUACAGGAACUCCAGCAAAGCCAGGAGAGGUUCUUGAUGUCUAUAUAUUUUCAUUGUUUAACGAGAAUAGGAAACCCGGGUUGGAAUCUGAGAGAAACUGGGGUUUGUUUUACCCUGACCAGACAAGCGUCUACAGCCUGGAUUUUACUGGAAGAGGGGUUGUGGACAUGACUACACAGGCAAACAUUACAAGUUCUAAUGGGACCUGGUGCAUUGCAUCAUCUACUGCUUCAGAACUAGACUUGCAGAGUGCUCUAGAUUGGGCUUGUGGUCCUGGGAAUGUUGAUUGUUCGGCUAUCCAGCCUAGCCAGCCUUGUUACCAGCCUGAUACAUUACUCUCCCAUGCAUCAUAUGCCUUCAACAGUUAUUACCAGCAAAAUGGAGCUACUGACAUAGCUUGCAGCUUUGGGGGUACAGGGGUGAAAACUAAUAAGAACCCAGGCUAUGAUAACUGCGUGUACAUGACUUCCGGCAAUUCCAGUGCUGCAAGUAAUGCGACAGCGACAUCCACUUCAACUUCAUCUUCAGUUGAGCACAGAAUUUCUGCAUGGUUACCUGGUUGCAUGCUUAUGAUUAUACUUCUGUUUCGAUGAUUCCUGGAGUCGUCUGAAGAGGCAGGUCUUAGGAACUUGCCGAGGUUUUGCAGAUCUUACACCAAUCUUCAGUGGGAAGAUGUAUUUGUUGAACUACAAUCUUGUCUCUUUUAUUUGUGGAUCGCCUUUCCCCGAAGUUUUGUAGUAGAAGGAACUAGCAUCUCAUGGCAUGCAUGAUUUGCCCAUUCUUGUGGGAUGGUAUCUUUGUAGAUCUGUAGGAGAAUGCACAGAUAAUUGAACCAAGAGAAGUGAAGAUGGUGUACAUUGUUCAUUUGUUCUUUCAUUAUUCAUAAUUUGUAGUUAAUUUUGUUAAUAACUUGGAAACACGGCUGGAUAAUCGGUGUUCUUGGAUUGAAUAGAUCAGAUCAGGAGCUUUUGAUGCA